UGUGUGGGCUGCUUAAGCCAGGGGGUUCCUUGCAGGCCUCGUUGUCUGUCUCUCCCCUCUUCACAAUGCUUGGCCUUCAAAUCAACCUCAGCCCGCUGCUGGAGCCGCUUGGCUUCAUUAAGGUCCUUGAGUGGAUUUUUUCCAUCUUUGUUUUUGCCAGCUGUGGAGUUUAUAAAGGUACAACUACAAUUUUAGUUUCUUGUAAAGGUGUUGUGAACAAAACGGUUACAGCUGCUUUUGCUUAUCCGUUCAGGUUGAAUACAGCUGUGUUUAGUGCACCAGAUCCAACACGAUGCAGUGGCACUUGGACUGACUUUCACCUUGUGGGCAACUUCUCCUCUUCUGCACAGUUCUUUGUUACUUUUGCAGUCUUGGUAUUCCUUUACUGUAUUGCUGCCCUUGUACUAUAUGUUGGGUACAUGCACCUGUAUCAGAACACCAGCAAAAUCCCAUUGAUUGACUUGGUUAUUACUGUCAUGGUUGCUUUUCUGUGGCUGGUCAGCACUUCAGCCUGGGCUAAGGCACUUACUGAUAUAAAAAUAUCCACCGGUCCCAGCAUUGUUCAGGAAAUUGCAUCUUGCAAAUUACCAGGAUCAACUUGUUUGUUUGCCUCUGUUACCGGCAUGGGAACUCUGAAUAUGUCUGUGGUUUUUGGAUUACUUAACAUGAUUCUGUGGGGAGGAAAUGUUUGGUUCGUAUACAAGGAGACCAGCUUGCAUAACCCAUCAAACUCAACUCCCCAAAGCUCAGGCAUCUAUCCACCAACAGGAAUAUAAUUAUUAAGCUGCUGAUGAUACUUCGUAAAGAGCAUCCAUUUUUGCAUCCUACUGCCAACAACUUGGAGUCACUGCAAUUUAUUUUUGUAGUAACAAAUAGUUUAAACAAAUUAGUGGGUAAACUUCUGCUUUGUACUUAAAGCAUGUCUCACAUAGAAAUAUGGAUGUAAAUUUUCAAGUGUCUUACAGUGAAAUAUAUUAUGACUCUAAAAUGAGUGCAGUUUCUUCAUUUAAAAAUAACAAAUUGUUCAGACCCUCCUAAGUAUCUUGGCAAAUACUCCCCCCCACCCCCUCCCCACACCCCUACCUUUUCAGGAAAUGGUUCUAGUUAACAUUAGUGGGAAGAAACUGAUUUGGAUUCUGGAUUGUGACUGACUGAUUUCACAAUUGAAAAGACUUAGCUUAGGAUUUUUGGAAUUCCAAUAUUAAAUUCCUCAUUCAGAGGUUACAUACUAAUAACUUUGCACAGAUAAGCUUUCUAAACAAAUUUAGUCAUAUCUGGUAGCAUGAUUCUGGUAUCAUUCUGUAAUUUUCUUGUAGAUUGUUGGGGAGGAGGAAUCUAGUAUAGACACUUAAGUGUCUAUCUGUAAGUACAACAUUAGACACACGUUGGGUGUUUACAUAUUCACUGUAACUACUUCAUAAUUUGGGACAAUCUCCAAAAACACUUAGUAAAGCUGCAAAUCAAACUUCUGUGGCAUAAUUUAAGAACAGAAUUGUUAAGAUAUUAGGUUGGGUGGGGGUGUUUAAGUGCAUCUGAGCUACAAAGCAUUGUUGUAAGUUUGAGAGAUACUGUAGACACUAAAGCUCACCCUAUCAGUAAACGUAUUGUUUUUGAUUCAUGGAAAUGAGUCCAAGCAGAACAACGGGAGGUGCAUAGGACUGUUAUCUACCUAGUGACACAACAGCCGGAGAUGUCUGCCUUAAUAUGUACAGGUCUUAGUUACACUUGUUUAAUAAUCAAAUCUUGAUCCUGGUAAAUAGACAAUCUUCUCAUGAGAGAUGUAUGUAUUCAGACACAUCUGACUUACUGUUACUUCAUUUAUUUCUCCAUGUGAAUUGUCCAACAAAGUCGUCUGUCAUGGUUUCUGCGAACUUAAUAGAUAUUUAAACAGUUAGUGGGGCUAUACACUCCAAACAGCAAAUAUUUCUAUAAGCUUUCUUCCUUUUAAAGCCAGGACAGGUUUAAUAGUACGUACAUCUGUUGAUCUUCAGUGUCUUGCCUAAAUUGUCUCUUUCCAUCUGUAAAGACUUUAAAACAAACAAAAAAAGUUUACUGUUGCAAGAACAGUCUCUCUAAUAAACAUGGAUUGCUGUAA